AUGAGACUCGGGAACGCUCGCAGCUCUUCCAGAGUGUUCAAGAGGAGAUGGCCUCCAAGGGGCACAUACUGCCUGUUGAGAAAAUCCAUCGCAAGUGGAACAACCCGCAGCCGGGAGACGGGACAUGCUAAGACGUCUUGGGAGUUCUUUGAUUUGAUGGACGCCACCCUCUGCGACACCAUUGGCACUCAGAUCGUCAACAACAAACGAAACAAAGGCGGCAGCACGGUUUCUACACUGCCUGCUCCUUUGGCUAAGAUCGCUGCAAAGCCCCUGCAGCUUCCACAGCCGACAUCCACCAUCAUCCGUCCUAGCAGUGACUUCGCUGCUGUUGCUGGUGGUGGUGGUGUGGACUCAGUAGGUCUGGGCUCCAGUGCCGGCACCGCUGCCAGUACGUCGGUGACUGCAGCGACCAUUAGCUCAACUAAUGCUCCAGACCUCAAGCCCCUGAUCGUCCUCAAUGAAACAGCCACCACAUCCCCUUCCCUCAUCUCCGCCAGUAACACAGACCUCAACACACUGGGCUACACGAGCCGCAAAGCUCCAUCCAUCUCAUCAGGUGUCAUCCCUUUUUGCCUGAGUACAACAUCACUCACCCAAAGCCAGAAUCUCCUCGGCCUCUCCUCUUCAUUUCCCCUCACGUCCUCCUGCCUCACUUCCUCUGCUGCCACCUCUUUGUCUACAACAACUGUGUCUGGAACUGAAGGACAGAACCAGAAGGCGAAAGCGGAGCAAGGCGGCUCCACUUUGUUCCAGGAGAUUCUGAAGCGACAGGAGGAGCAGGCCUACCUCGAUCGAGUGGCUCGCCGCAGGGUUGAAGCCAGAGAGAAGAGGCGCGAGAGGAGGGAGGUGCGAAUGUCCGAGUCCCUAGGAAGGAUAGCCACGGCCCUGGAGCUGCUCUCCUCCAAACAGGACACAGUCAUCGCCCUCCUACAGAGGCUGGCUGAUCGGAAAUAAUCUACAGUGAAGGGCUGGAAAGUAGAAUCUCCUGACCUUGUUACAAUAAACUUUACAUGCAAUUGUUUUUUUUCCCACCUGAGAUCCUCCUUAUGAAGCUCUCAUGCACUAUAAUGCUACUUUAAUGAGCAUAAUUUAAUAUAAAUGUGAAUUUGAUGAACUCUUAAGUAAAUAACAGAUAAGCGCAAAGGUGAGUCAUUGUUCCGUGCUUUUAAAUUGUUGUGCAUUGUAAAUAUGUUAGUUUGCUUCACUAACAUCACAUAAAAAGAUUCUUUGGAUAUGCACCAUAAAGUGUAUCAUAAAGACUCGUAAACUACCUCAAAGCACACUGUGCGCUGUCGAUCUUACGUGCUGCACAAUAAUGUUUAAUAUUUAGUAUUUACUGUUAUAUUCCCAUAGAUCAUCGUGAUGUUGUUUAUUACAUUGCUCUUUUUUUCUUCUGCUUGUUUUCUCUUUUUUUGUUUCUCAACAGGUGAUCCAGGUGAUUGAUAUAUGUAUUUUUUGUCUGCUUAUUUUGUUGAUUUUUGUUGUUUACCCUUUAUCACCUUUCCUCUUCCGUGCUGUUUUUCUUUCCCUCUUUCUUUC